AUGUGGAAGUUUAUGUGUUUAUUAGCUGUUCUUAAUACAUGUUAUGGUGGCGAUGAAUCUUAUAUUAAUUUCGGUGGAUUUAUGUGUCCACGAGAAGAAGAAGCGUUAUCAGAGUGCUUGAAGGACGCGCUAAACGUUUAUAUACCUGAACUGGCUACUGGGCUACCAAAAUAUGGAAUUCCUCCCUGCGAGCCUCUGAUGAUUCCAACAUUAACGAUUCAGCAAUCAGCUGGGCCGAUUUCUAUUUCAUCUACUUACACCAAUGUUUCUGUCAAAGGACCAGCCAGCAUGAAGAUCACUAAUGUCGAAGUCAACUCAUCAAAGCACGAAGUAAUAGCCAAGCUGUUUAUACCCGAACUGAGAAUGAAAGGACAUUAUAAUCUAUCUGGAAAACUUCUUUUGUUACCUGUAGAAGGAGAUGGCAAUUUUUCAGCUAAAUAUGGUGACAUCCAUGCAGUACUGACGAUCGCUUUGGGAAGAUUACAUCGUGAGAACGGUGUUGACGCAAUCGCCUGUGAAAAACUCGAUGUCAAAUUUGACGUAGGAUCCGCCUCUAUAAACCUGGCGAAUCUAUUCGAUGGUGAUAACGAAUUGGGUAAUACAAUGAAUGCGUUCCUCAAUGAGAACUGGCAGAAGUUGGCGAAGGAAUUUCAAGAGCCGAUGGAAGAAGCGCUUCGAGACUUCUUGAAGCCGUUAGCUGAUCAUGCUUUUGGUACAUUAAAUGCAAAUGAUAUAUUCUUAAGAUAGUAUAAAUGUAAUUUCUCUUACAAUAAGUAUCAGGAAGCAUAUUUAACUAUGUUUUCGAAGAAUGAAAG